AUUACUGUAUACUCUGUGCUAUCAUUCAAUUCUAAAUGAGCAUUUAGACCGUUUUCAAAGAGGAUUCCAAUUAUUCUUUGUACUACCUCUUUUAAGAGAUUUAGCUUAUGUAUUGUGAUAUUUACUUAAUAAACUUAUUAAUUACUUUAGUUAAGUAAUUGUAAGGCAUAAAAACCAGUUACCUGAAGUAGGAAUACUCGUUAGGAAUUGUCUGUGUGACAGAUCGAUUUGGCGUACUUUAUAAGUUAUAAGGUUAUAAUUAUACGAUUUACAUUGUUUUCCAUUUGUGUUUUAAUUGUACAUAUUAGUUAAAAAUGGAAAGCAUGGAUGUAGCCCAAGAAAGCACUUCAGCAACGUCGACGCCAGCGACGGAGAAUGGUCCUGAUAAAAACGUUACUGCAGAAGAAAUGACUUCGCGUGACUAUUAUUUCGACUCGUACGCACAUUUUGGUAUCCACGAAGAAAUGUUAAAAGAUGAAGUCCGUACACUCACAUACAGAAAUGCGAUGUAUCAUAAUAAGCAUCUCUUCAAAGGAAAAACGGUCUUAGAUAUUGGCUGUGGCACAGGAAUUCUGUCAAUGUUUGCUGCCAAGGCCGGUGCAGCGAAGGUCAUAGCUGUGGAGUGUUCCAACAUAGUCGACUAUGCUCGUAAAAUCGUUGAGGCUAAUAGACUUCAUGAUAUCAUAGAAAUUGUCAAGGGAAAGGUAGAAGAGGUAGAACUGCCAGUAGACAAAGUAGACAUUAUAAUAUCAGAGUGGAUGGGUUAUUGCCUGUUCUAUGAGAGUAUGCUGGAUACGGUUUUGUACGCUCGUGACAAGUGGCUCAAGCCCGACGGUAUGCUGUUCCCUGAUAGAUGCACAUUAUUCAUUUGUGGUAUCGAAGAUCGUCAGUACAAGGACGAGAAGAUUAACUGGUGGGACGAUGUCUAUGGUUUUGAUAUGUCGUCCAUAAGAAAGGUGGCAAUUUCUGAGCCUCUUGUUGAUGUUGUUGACGCCAAACAGGUUGUUACGAAUUCUUGCCUAUUAAAAGAAAUCGAUUUGUACACAGUCAAGAAAGAAGAUCUGAACUUUGAGUCAAAGUUCCACCUUCAAGUACGUCGCAAUGACUUCAUCCAAGCGUUGGUGACAUUCUUCAAUGUGGAGUUCACGAAGUCUCACAAGAGGCUCGGCUUCAGUACUGCCCCUGAGGCUCCCUACACGCACUGGAAACAGACCGUCUUCUACUUUGAUGAGUAUAUGACGGUAAAGAAAGGUGAAGAGAUAAUGGGAACGUUUUCGAUGCGUCAAAACGCGAGAAACAAUCGCGACUUAGACUUCGAGGUCGAAAUCUCUUUCAAAGGGGAACUCUGUCAAGUUCAAGAGAAAAACCACUAUCGGAUGCGUUGAGAACAUACUACCGUAACAAUAUGACGUUAAUAAUAAAUAUUAUGUUUGUAAGUCUACUCGGAUAUGAAAAUGUUUUGUGCUGUGUACUUGCAUAGUUUUUAACUUGAUUUUUAUAUACUAGUUGUGCCCCGCGGUUUUUUCCCGCUCUAAUUUGAGUACAAAAUGUACUAAAAUUUCACAUAGCCUAAAUAUAAAUGGACUCUAGAGCAUAAAAA